CUCUCUCUCUCACACACACACACACUCACUCACUCUCUCUCUCACAGACACACACACACUCAUCUGCAGCUGUUUCCACACUCUGAUGAAGAAGAUGAUGCUGGUGAUGAAGAUGAGGCCCUGACUCUCUCUCUCUCACACACACACACACACACACUGGUAUCAUGGGCUCGUCUCUCAGUGAGCCCUGCAUCUAUGAUAAGCUGUCGGAGAGCAUCGACAUACUGCGGCAGUCCGGUUACCGCUACGGGAUGAGCGAGAGAGAGAUCGAGAAGUUCAUCAAGCAGGUGCUGGAGACUAACGAGCCUCGCAGGGACCCGCCGCAGUUCCCCAUCCUGAGAGCCACUGUCAAGCUGGUGCUGGCGCUGGGGGUUCUGCUGAUGGUGGUGCUGGUGUUCACGUAUCCUCACAGUGCGCCGCUGCUGGACUCCUCGAGUGCAGCCGGACACAACAGCUCAUCUCCUCUCAGUCACGCGCGGCUGCUGGAGCUGCCCAUCGCCAACAAAUACAACCUGCACGGGUUUCACGAGUGGUGGGCAUCCGGUGCGCCGCAGACGCCGCGGGGGAACUGCUCGGCCUGCGCAGACGUGACUGCGGUGCUGGAGCUGAGAGCGUCUGCGGGGAUCGACAGACACACACAGCCACUGCUGCUCAAGGGCGGAGAGUCUAUGUCUCGCCGUGUGUCUCACCUGGAGCAGUUCUCACAGCCGCAGACGCUCACAGCAACACCGGCCAACUUCACCCUGCUCUGGAGUUUCUCGUCCAGUCCCAGAGAGACGCUUCUCCAGUGGUUGUUUCCUGACGCUGAGCUCUGCCCUCUGCUGGAGAACACAGGAACAACACUGCAGCGCUGCCAACUGAGCGACAGCACCAGCGCUCAACACACGCGUGUGCAGGUGUUGGGUUGGCUGGUGGUGGCUGAAGGCUCUCCGUGGGUUCGUGUUCUUCCGAUCCAGCGAUGCCAAACACACUGCCGCUCCUUCAGUCUGUGGCUGGAGCCGGGAGACAUGGUGUUGGCGGAUCCGCGCUACUGGCUGCUGGAGCUCUUCGCGUCUGGAGCUCAGAGAGUGCUGUGUGACGGCCCUGUGCUCUGAGAACAUCGUUCAGGAAGUGACAUCAGCACUCGCUUUCUCUUUCUUCAGACGGCGGCGUUUCCGCGGAGCUGCCGGGAUCUUCGGCUCCGGCGGUGUUUUCCGAUCCUCGCGCCAAACUUCAAAGAAACUGUAUUUUGUUGAAAGAAAAUCAAACCUGUUUUAAGGAUAUUUUAGUACGUCUUGACAUUGUUUUCAUGACCAUUAAGCGCAUUUCGUCUACAAAUUACUGGGAUGCAAAAAACUAAAAAUCUCAUUACUGUAAACAAAAUCAUUCUCAUUACUGUUACAAUACAAUUAGUUGAUGUUAAUAUAUAAAGUCAAAUAGUAAAUUAUUUUUUACAUUUUAUGGUAGUAUUUGUUGUACUGACUGAAUUUAAAUAAAUGCGAAUACUAUUUCUGUAAUACAGUGUUGAGAACAAGAUUUUUUGGGGGGAAAACAUUUGUGUUGAGGUAAAACAAAAAGU